AUGAAAUGGAUUCCUAUCAAUUCUUCUCAAACCAAUAAUCAAAAUAUCACAAAUAAUAUUGACGAUAACGAUAUUAAUAAUAUAUUAAGAUAUUCAUUAUUAAAAAAAAAUAGUCCUUUACAAUAUUUAAAACAAAAAAGAAAAUUAUUUGGAAAUUUGAAAGAAACAACUUUUAAUGAUGAUAAUCAAAAUGAAGAUAUAUUUAAUAAUUUAAAAAAAGAAGUUGAUUGUAUAGUCGAUAAAGAACUUAAAGAUAAUGAUGGAAUUAUUGAUAAAUAUGUAUAUUUCAAUUUAAAAAAAACAAAGGAGAUUAAUUUUUGUGAAUCUGAGCAUUCUUUAU